UUGGAACACGUGGUGAUUCUUCAAACUGUUGCAAAUCGUCCGAAAGCUAUUGGAAGUAGUGUGCUAUCGCAAUUAAAUUGGAGCAUGAUGGGAGAAGUGAUCCGGGUUUCUGGGAGGGCACCGGAUGUCGGAGAGUUCCUCAAGGAGGCGAUGCUGUCCCAAAGGUUCGCAGACGUGGCUCUCUGUUGUCCUGAUGGGCAACGAUUCCUGGCACAUCGUUUGGUUCUCUCAGCUGCCAGCCCUUACUUACAGGAAGUGUUACUGGCUCACAGCAGAACGUCAACGCAUUGCGAGCCCAUCACAGUGAUCCUGGCCGAGGUGGAGGCACCAGAAUUGGCAGCGAUCCUCGGUUUCGUGUACACAGGAAGCGCCACGGUGCCUCGUCCUCGUCUAAAUGCGUUUCUGCACGCGGCCGAGGCCCUCCACAUCAGACUUCCGCCGGUGCCGGUCGUGAUGACUUGCACGCAGGCUGACUGCAAGCAGGAAGACAUCAAGGACGUGAAGAUCAGCCCGAAGUACCUUCAGUGCGAUCAGUAUCCGUGCUGCGACCGCUGGUACCGUUCACGUAGGAAUCAAGAUGGAGAUUCCGCGGGUAAAGAGGAACCCUAUCCGGCGAUCGAGUCCUUGGAAACCGCAAGAGAAAUCAGACCGCUUCCUGAAUCGAUGAACUUUGCCGGAUCGCGAUACGGGCCAAGUAGAUAUUGCUCUACAACCUGGCCCGUUCCUCCUUUCGCGAACGCCGCUCAAGAAAAGACUGUUCACGAUGUAGAUCAACGUUUGGAUAAGGACAGGAUGAGUCAGACAGACGUCAGAAGGUAUCAUCCGAUCUCUGUGGUGCCGAGGAUCGAUAGGAUUAGCGAUGUUACGAGUGGACACUAGCAGGAAUUCUGCUUCUCUAGGAGCUCGUACGAUCUUCGCAGUAAACCGCUGGAUCCACUUGACGCGAGGAUGAAAGGUGAUCACGGUCGUUUCCAAGCCACGAACGAAGAAGAUGUUUUGGGGAAGGAUUUAUCCACGUAUGGUAGUUGUUUCGAGCACGAGAGGACUCCUGCGGAUCGUCUUAGUGUAAUUCGUUCUCGAAUCGGAACGUGUCAGGGCAAAACUGUGGCCCUGCCGUUGCCUGAUCGUACGAGAUCGUACGAAAAAUCGGAUUUCGGUGAAGAUCUGACUUGUCGUGAAAGCUGUUUCGUUUGGAAGUCGCCAAAGAGACACGUGGCUAAUAGAGUCAUAGCUUCACCGUGGAAACAGACCGUCAGGCCUUAUCAUUUGCCCAAGUUGCAGCCAAUGGUGUUUCAGCCCCACGUCGAUGACGUUAAAACCAGGGAGAAUCUACGUGUACCGGAAGUCACGCGACCACCAGCGAUUUCCACCAGUCCUAAUCGCCAAUUCUCCAAAAAUUCUGCGCCUGCGGAUCACUACUAUGGUGUCGAAGUUCCUAUCACUCACGAUGUUGCAUACAGUAACGGUAGCAAAUUAUUGGAAGCGAAUUCUACCUUGGGACCGAGGCCUCAGGAAUUUUAUCCGCCUCAAAUUCCAUCGUCAACCAUCACGCAGAUCACCCCUGCGGUUAAUAGCGAUGUCAGGAACAGCGAGACGAUGCUACAGUCUCAGAAUAAUGUAAUUUCUACCACAACCAGAUCUCUGUCGAGUGCCACGGAGGGUAGUCAGAUGAAUAUCAACAGGAAGGGUAGUUAUUUCGGACAAACGCUACCUCAGUCGCCGCAGAGGCCGGAAAUCUCCCAUCCUGUUAGCAGAUUGUGCGAUACGAUCGAGUCGACUGGUAAAACCGAUCGUUUCGCGAAUGUGGAAGCCGAGAAGCCCGAGAAAGAAACGAGGAUCGACGAUAAGUUCGCUGAAAGAGUCAUUAUCAACAGUGAUAACAACAAUAACGAUGCUAUAGUUAGUCAGGAUGCUGUUCAACGCGGCAAAGGAGCACAGGAGAAUCAUAGGUGCGAUCAGUGUGGCAAGACUUUCGUUACCAAAGCCUCCCUAAAGGUGCACGUCAGAACGCACUCGGGGGAGAAGCCAUUCCGUUGCACCGAUUGUGGCAAGCAAUUCUCCCAGUUACGAAAUUACAAGUACCACCGAAGCGUCCACGAGGGUACCAGAGAAUUCGCAGCCACCUGUCCAGAAUGCGGCAAAUACUUCAACGACCGCGGCUACCUGAGUUCCCAUAUGAAGAUCCAUCGCAACAGGAAGGAGUACGGCUGCGCGGAAUGCGGCAAAAGCUUUAAUCAGCGGGUCGCCUACAACAUGCACGUCAGAAUUCAUACAGGAGUGAAACCACAUCAGUGUGAACAGUGCGGGAAAGCAUUUUCCAGGAAGAUGUUGUUGAAGCAACAUCUCAGAACUCAUUCCGGGGAAAGACCCUAUCAGUGCCAGGUCUGUCAGAAAGCGUUCGCUGAUCGAUCGAACAUGACGUUACACACGAGAUUACAUUCCGGAUUAAAGCCUUAUCAAUGUACACUGUGUUCCAAGGCGUUCACGAAGAAACAUCAUCUAAAGACUCACCUUAAUUAUCACACGGGGACCAAGCCUUAUUCCUGUCCGAACUGUGGACUGAGAUUUUCACAGAGUAGCAAUAUGCGGACCCAUUUCAAGAAAUGUACAAUUAGUAAUCCGCCGGAAGCGAAGAGUUCCCGAUUAGAAGGUACUGUGAUAGAUUCCUCCAAGACUGUACAGGCCAGAGUAAUCUCUAGGACACCCACGGACACGUUGACACCGCCAAAUUCUGAUCAGGAAUUGAGCAUUCUAACCCCUAUAUCUAAAAGUAACGGAGUGGAAGGAAGUGCAACGUAGCAAUAAGUCUAGAGGACUACUUACGUGGGUCCACAUGACUAUAAAGUACUCGAAGAGGUAUCUCCGUGGUGGAUAGAUGGACAAAUAACAGGUACUCUCCGCCUCGAUGAAAUCAAUCUGCGUGACAAAUCGAAGACUCGAGGCACACGUGAUGUAACUAGCCACAUGAUGUGGCGGUUAUAAAUCAAGCUGAUAACGUGAAAUUUAUACAUUCUACGUGAUUGACAGCCGCACAGAAUCCGUAACAGGUUUUUAUGGCCGACGAAACGGUCUCAUUGUAGAGAGAUGCUUUUUGCCACGUUGGUUUCAAGAUAAGUGGCUAAAACGAUAAUGCACGACGAGGUAAUUCGAUAGAUAAAUCGAUCGAAUUGCUGUUGCCCGCAAAUGUAAUCGAACGGUAGAAAGUAUUGGAUUCGUUUGAAAGUAGCACUGUCAGUUGGUAAUCCGAGAGCUACCAUAACAGUACGAACAGUCGCCUUUUCCUAGAAAUCGUUGUUUUACGGUAGGACGUAUCGAUUCAGCCCGCAAAUUGUUACGUCAGUCCUGAAUC